AUGGGUUGCUGCACGAAUCGACGCAAGGUCGUCGAGGCUCGGCCUGAGCAGAAGUGGGAUUACAUUAACCUGAACGACUUCAAGUCAAAAGGCUGUGCCACUCCCUUCGCCUACGGGUACCUCUGGUUCAUGCUCAUCAUCUCGAUUGCUGUCUACGGCGUCGACACGUUUACUGCCGUCAACCUGCUCGUCUUCAACAAAUGGUCCGGCGAGAUCGACCCCGCCAUUGAUUUUGAGAUAUCGAAAUGGAUCUUCUCCAUCUGCAUCAUUGCAUCUUUUGUCAACCUCGGCUUCGAACAGCUCCGCGCCAUGCGCGUCAUGAAGCGCGGCAACAUUGCUGAAUGCUACCUUGACAACAUUGCCGUCCGCCUGGAGAGUAUUCGCCUGGGAAAGCGACAGGGCUACAGGCGAUUCCUCGUCUUUGCUGAACUCACCAAGAGCAAGAAGGGUGGGCAGUAUAUCGCCCUGUUUACCUACUUCAGCUUCCAGUCCUGGAUUCGCGUCUUGCUCUGCUCCGGACCACGCCAGGCCAUCAAUGCCUUGACCCUCAAGUCUGUUUACGAGGUCAAGCUCUCUUCCGAUGGAGGCGGCAAUGUCGGGGAGGAAAUUCUGAGCUUCUUUGAAAAGAUCAAGGAACUCGCCACGCAGGACACCCGACAGGCCGUCAUCUUGUCGGGCAUGCUCUUCACUCUCGUUGUCUGGAUCUUCUCGGCCUUAUUCCUUCUGGCCGCCGUUCUGUUCUACGUCUUCUUCCUAUGGCACUGGAUUCCCCGUGCCGACGGCGGCCUGUCUGGCUACUGUGAGCGAAAGGUCAACAAAUCUCUGACGAAGAUUGUCCAUGAGAAGGUCGACAAAGCUCUCGCCAAGGAAGAGCGGAAGCAACUCAAGGCCGGCAUCAACGGUGUUGAGAAACCCAUCCUCGGCCGCCAGGCUACGCUUCCGACCCUGCCAAACUUGGGUGAGCCCGGCAAGGUUCCCGACAUGCCUCAGCUCGAUCGCAAGGACACCAUGACCACGCUGCCGCCUUACACAUCGCAACCCGCAAGCCCUGGCAGCAUCGAGCUUGGUCAGAUGGACAGGAAGAGACCCAUGCCUCCGAGGACAACCACCAUGUCGUCCACUGCCAGCUACAACUCGAACGCUCCGCUCAUGGGCAACAGCGCCGACAUGGGCUACGCCACUCCACUGCCGUCCGGCAACGCCAUGGCACCUCCCAACCGCCCUGGCACGUCCAACUCUCACAGGACUGCCGGGCGGCCGCCUCCGGACCCCAUGUCUGCACACAGUUCUUCCUUGCGCAACAACAUCACAGAGAGUCCUUUGACCUACUCUGCCGGCACAAUGCCGCCAUUUCCUGCGCCCGUUCGGUCCACGACGGGCAGGACAUUCGACACGUAUGACGGCGGCCGUUCAUCACCGGCGCCAAGCAGGCCUGCGUACGGCGAGUACACUCUACCAUCGGACGGACGCGCCAGUCCCGCUCCUUCUGUAUUCUCAGAUCGUUCCGCUGUACCAUCAUCGGCGCGUGGCGCUUCCAGUGGAUCUUUCCAGCCAUAUCAGCCAGGCCGUGGCGCAACGGGCCCCUUGCCGAACCGUGGGCCGGGCCCGCACUACACGCCGUCCCGGAAUAUGACGGCGCCGAUGCCCCCACGGGGAGACAACGAUUACUUUACGCGUCCAGGCACGUCGCAAAGUCACAGGCCAAACCCUCGUGGGCCAGAUCGCGGCUACGACACGUACAACGCGGAUCCAGAGUCGCAAAGAGAUGCGAGGUAUUAA